UUUGCUUUAAUGUUUAAUGUUUAUGAGCCGCCUUGUGAAUAAAACAAAUAAUUAUUAUUAAAACAUUUGAAUCUAAUUACCAUCAAUAUAAAAAAUUAAACACAUCUAAGGCAUACCAGAAUAAUAAUACCACUUUAUACAGUGUUUACAUAAAAAUUUAAAUUCUAACCUAAAAAUGUCUGACGAUGAAGAUGUAAUUGUUGUAAAAAAACCCAGGCAAGUUCAUUAUGGGUCGCUGGAGGAGCAAGAAAAGGCACGGCUGGCGGCUCUUGCCGCAGCCGCCAGAGAAGGAGUUGAGGAAAGUGGAAAAGAGCUUGGAGACAUACAAAUUUCUAAUGAAUACAUGGAAUUGGAGGAAGAAAUUUCAAGGGAUAAAAAGGCUUUGCUUGAAGAGUUUGAAAGGAGAAGAAAAGCUCGGCAGUUGAAUGUAUCCACUGAUGACGAUGAGGUUAGGAGAAGUUUAAGACAGCUGGGGGAGCCUGUGUGUUUGUUCGGAGAAGGUCCAGCAGAACGAAGAGUAAGGCUGAGGGAUUUGCUCAGCUACCUUGGUGAAGAUGCAAUACACAAGAAGUUAGAAGAGGAAGAGGCUCGAAUAGAGAGGGAUAGAGGUCGUGAGGGGACAUGGUACCACGAAGGUCCUCCUGAGCUCCGAGACGCGAGGUUGUGGAUAGCUAGAUACUCUCUACCCAGAGCGAAACAUAGGUUGAACAAAGCUCGUGAGGAGUUGCAGCUGGCGGGCAGCGUGCGAGCCGCGGCCAAGCAGGAGUCACAGCGGAGGGCCUCCGCCGUCUCCAUAUACUGCAGUCAGAUCGGCGACACGAGGCCGAUAAGCUUCUGUAGAUUCAGCGGCGACAGUCAGAUGUUGAUAACGUCCAGCUGGUCUGGCCUGGUGAAGGUGUGGUCGGUGCCGGACUGCGAGCUGCUGCAGACGCUGGCGGGACACACGUGCAACGUGAGCGCCGCCGCCUUCCACCCGCACGCGCAGCUGCCGCACCACUUCCGGGACAAGAUAGAAAAAAAGGAUGAGGAAAUGAAGGUGUCCGUGGAGAUGGAUACGGACGAGUCGUCCAAAGCGGUGGCGAUGGCGUCCUGCGCUUACGACGGUUCCGUGCACUUGUGGAACUUUGUCAGUGACUCCCCCCUCGCGUCGCUGGAGGGUCACGGCCCGUCCCGCGUGUCCCGCGUGGAGUUCCACCCGUCGGGCCGGUUCCUCGCCACCACCGUCUUCGACCACUCGUGGCGGCUCUGGGAUCUAGAGACGCAAAAGGAGGUUCUGCACCAGGAGGGACACGCGAAGCCCGUCUACAGCGUCGCGUUUCAGUGUGAUGGGUCCCUUAUUGUAACUGGCGGCAUGGACGCGUUCGGGCGCGUGUGGGACGCGCGCACGGGGCGCUGCGUCAUGUUCCUGGAGGGGCACCUCGGGCCCGUGCUGGGCGCCGACUGCGCGCCCGCCGGACACCACGUCGCCACCGCCGCCGCCGACCACCAGGCGAAAAUUUGGGACCUGCGUCGACGAGCUGCGAUAUACACGAUACCAGCGCACACGCAUCUAUUAAGCGAUGUAAGAUAUCAGAGGAGCCACGGCCACUUCCUGCUGACGUCAUCGUAUGACAAGAGUGCCAAGCUCUGGUCGAACCCCGCUUGGCAUCCGUUGAGAACGUUAUCCGGUCAUGACAAUAAGGUAAUGAGUGCUGAUAUAUCAAUGGACAACAAAUAUAUAGCGACAUGCUCGUACGAUAGAACCUUCAAAUUGUGGACGCCGGACUUAGCUUAGUAUAAGUUUUAUAAAUGUUAAUAAACUAUUUGAUAUGA